AUGUUGAACGACCAGUUCUGUCGCGUAUUCACUCGUGAGAAUCAUCUACCUCUUGACCAGCUUGGAAUGUUAGAUGUAAAUGGUGGUGUUGAAGAUCUCCCUAAACUUCCAGACUUAAACAUCGGUAUUGCUGGAAUAGCCAAGCUUCUGGAGGCCACGAAGGUGAAGAAAGCACACGGACCAGAUGACAUCUCUAAUAUUGUACUUAAGGAGGACAAAGAUCAGAUUGCUCCAGUUCUUACCAUGAUACUUCAGAAAUCCUUGGAUGAAGAUUACACCUAUCUUGGGUGUUUCUAUGAGAACAACAGAAGAGAAGCUUUGCCGGAUCUGAUUUACUGUAAUAGAGAUACAAAACCUUCCGAUUCAUGUCAGAAUACAUGUGGACCACAAGCUCAGUACUGUCAAUCUCAAGAGAUGACAAUUGAACUAUGCAGAGACAUUUGUGCUGAUCAGAACAUGAGAUACUUUGGACUUCAAGCGGGCGCACAGUGUCUUUGUGGAGGAUUCUUUGCGCCCUAUAACGUCUUAGGCCAACCAGAUGGGAAUGAUACAUGUAACAGACCAUGUUCAGGAAAUUCAAGUCAAUUGUGUGGAACAGAUUUUCAAGCUAGCGUCUAUCAAAUUAAUGAAUCACCAUCAGACUGUUUUAAUCCAGGAUACGUUUUAAACGGUGACCAAUCACAGCAGGAUAGUUCUUUUUACAACGCAAGUGACGUCAUCGACUUCGCCCCCGUCUGUCCACCACCAAGUAUCAAGAAUGGCGCCACAUCUAUCACGUGUACUGCAUCCGGGAACUGGACAAACCCUCCUCCUACCUGUACGGUCAGGUGUGCCACGCCCACUGCACCCAUGUAUGCUAGUUUCAGCUCAUGGCAGACAUUGAAUGACAGCUACGCAGUCGAUGAUGAAGUCUUCUUUGAUUGUGAUAUGGAUCCUUCGAGGACGAAUCAAACAUUGACCUGUGGUUACUAUGGCGACUGGGAGACUUUUGUCCCGGAUUGUCCAGAAACCCCGCCACCAACCUCUGCAGCAACACCAAUUUCAGCUUUUACAACUGCAUCAACAGUGUCAACACCUACACAAACAAUUUCAGCACCUACAACUGCAACAACAAUCUCGACGCCUGAAAUUCUAGCAACCGGAGCAACCACCACUUCACAAGGAGUUAAUUUCUUUUCAGGGAGGGAGGAGGAGGGGGCUAGUGCCGUUCUUUUUUUCGAGGGCGUGGUCUCGGGGGUAUUAUCCCUCUAA